AUGUCCCCAGAGGCUGCCGUCAUGACGACCAACAGCUCGCUCCAGGCGUCCCCCGAGCACCGGGGCCGUGAGCUCGUUGACGACCAGUUCCCAACAGGCCCUUUUCAGCUGCCAGAGUCGGUCAUCUCGAGGAAGACAAGCGAUAACUCUCUUGGCCAGACCCUCGUCGGUAGCCCCAGCGCCAUGUCCGAGGCCGUGAGCAAAAGCGGCAACCUCAUGAGGCGUUUGUCAAACAAGACCAGGGCCUGGAAGAACCGCCGCAGGACAUCGUCCGCUGCCCCCAACAGCCGUGACGGCAGCGUGGGCCCGGGCAUCCUCCGCAGGAGGAGUGACAGCAACACCACGGCCCCGCCCGACUUUGCCGCGUAUAGCGACUCGGACGACGAGUUCGUCGAUGAGAUGGAAGAUCUCCGGUCGUUGAUUGGCGGUCUCGACGGGGCCCUCCGAGAAUCAUCCUCGAAUAGCACAACGGCCUCCCUCGCCGGCUCCACCUCCCCUUCCAACACUACCGCCGGUCCCGUCAUCCCCUUCCAGCUGCUCAAGGGCACCUGGAUCAGGAAGGUCUCGAAGAAGAACUGGAAGAAGCGUUUCAUCCUCGUUCUCGAGCCGGACGCGGCCAAGAUCUCGUGGGACAAGAAUAGGCCCCACAAGUGCCUAUACAUUGACGACAUCAAGGAGAUCAGAACGGGCUCCGACAUUCGACAGUACCGUAUCGACUACGGCGUGCCCGAGACCGAAGAGUCUCGGUGGUUCUCCAUCAUGUACUCGGUGCCCGAUAAGUCCAAGACCAAGAUGAUGCAUCUCGUGGCCGACGACGCCAGCACCUUUUACAACUGGGUCACCACGCUCGAGGCCAUCUCCAAGCACCGACAAGACCUGAUGGCGUCUUUGAUGGCGUUCAACGACCGAGCCAUCCGCGACUACUGGCUCAAUGAGAUGACCAAGCAGGGUGGUGAGAAGCCGCUUUCUCUCGACGACGGCGAUAUCGACUUUGAAGGGGUCCAGCGGGUCUGCCGGAAUCUCCACAUCCAUGCGUCGCCCAGCCAGUUGCGAGCUAAAUUCCACGCGGCUGAUGUCACUAACACGGGUCGUCUGAACUUCUUCGAAUUCCAGACUUUUGUGGGUUACAUGAAACGGCGUGACGACAUUCGUCAGAUCUACCACCAGAUUGCCGCGAGCCCAGAGACGGGCCUCACGAUCAAGGAGUUCUUGGAUUUUUUGCGCGAUGUCCAAGGUGAAAGCGUCGAUGCCGACAUCGUCGCCUCGGAGGCCCUCUACAGCAAGUUCGCCCGCAAGUUCAAGUCGAGAGAUGCAGACGCGGCCCAGGUCGACGGCCCAAAGAUGGGCGACGCGGCUUUUGCCGCGUUCUUGACCUCCACCUACAACCUGCCCGUACACAAGGAGCCCAAGGAGUACACUCUUGACCGACCUCUCAACGAAUACUUUGUUUCCAGCUCUCACAACACGUACCUGAUGGGCCGGCAGGUCGCUGGCCUUUCUAGUGUCGAGGGCUACAUCUCGGCACUCGCUCGUGGUUGCCGCUGCGUUGAGGUUGACUGCUGGGACGGCCCUGAUGGCCAACCCACCGUCAACCACGGCCGGACUCUCACCACCUCAAUCAGCUUCCAGGAGACUAUGACGACGAUCAACAAGUACGCCUUUGUCAAGACCAAGUACCCCCUUUGGAUCUCUCUCGAGGUCCACUGCAACCCCCAGCAGCAGGCCGAGAUGGCUCGCAUCAUCAAGGAGACUUUCGGUGCCCGUCUCGUCACCGAGCCGCUCGACUCAUCCGACAGGCUCCCGUCCCCCGAGGAGCUCAAGGAACGAGUCCUGAUCAAGGUCAAGCGCCCACAGCCCGUCCCAGAGCCCAAGCCAACCGAAACGACCGGUCGCCGUCGCGGCAACAGCCUGACCUCGCCGUACCCAAAGCCCGUUCAGCUCGACAACAGCACUAUCCCGUCUCAGUCGCUGCCUCAGAGCCCUAUUUUAAGCCCCAGCCACUCGUCCCGCCGUCUCGUGAGCAAGAGCCGUGUCAACACCAUCACUGAGGGCGAGGUCCAGGAUGCCCUGAGCAGCAGCACGAGCGACAAUGACAGUGCCGGCGAGCGGGUCCCCCCCGGCGGUCUUCGAACAAGACAGUAA